CGUUUUGCAGCCCUGGCAACCGGGCUGGCUCUGUUUUGCUAAAAAUUUGCCGGCAAUGGAUGCGCAGUGCGCUGCUGCUGCUGUGGAAAACGCUGCCUCUUUUCCGACUGCUCUCGAACAUUCCUCCGGAAAAACGAGAUAACUCGGACGAAGUUGGAAGUUGCCUGAGCCGAACUUUCGAAAGAUGCGGAGUACGACCAGAGCAGCUGAUAGUGGUGAUUCAAAGAGGGAAAACGAAAACGAGUUAUUCCAAGACAAAGGCGUUGUCGAAAUGCCACCAAUAGAGGGCUCCCAGAGGCAGGUCAACAAGAAGCUGGUGGAGCUGCUCCUAACGGAGGCAGAGGAGACUGGUGCCAUAUUCACGGAAAACAAUGCAUCCUUUGAAAUUUCCACCAACUGGGAAAGUGCUGUUGAUGAAGAAAUACUCGAAGAUGAAUGGUUUGAUGAAGAAUGCAAAUGCCGCACUUGCUCCCAAUACUUGAUGCUGGACGACACUGUCAAGGAUCUCUACGAUAAGCGCAACAUUGAGCUUCUUCAUCACAUAAAGGUCGUCACAGGCGUAUGGAUACAAACAGGAGUGGAAGGAUUAGCCCAUCAUAUAUGUGAAUGUUGCCAGGAAACUCUUAAGAAAGCCAUCGAAUUUCGUAAUAAUUGCAUACAAGCCAAUGUAGAAUAUAACCAAAUCAUACAGAAGGACACAGGGCAAGGGUUUGAAAUCUGUGACGAAAUAGAGCUGGAAAAUGUACUCUACGAGGAAUCAUCUCAAUAUAUACACAAGGCUUCAGGAACGGGAUUAUCCGAUCUUGAAUUCGGCUCCGAUAACGAAGACGAUUUCCUACUACCCAAGGACAAGACCUUACCAGAAAAGGGCAUCCUUCCAGUUAAAGAAACAGGAAAGCAGACUUCGAGGGAAAGGGAGCAUGUUUGCCGUGAGAUUGCCAGCAUUACCAAAUGUAAAACCAAAGAGGAAAUUGGCAAGAUAGAUAUCGGGGCCGAGGUAUAUAAGGUUGUGCUAACUGAAUGCAAACGCGAGGAGGAAACAAAGCCCUCUGAGCAGGGGGGUACGCCAAAGUAUUCGCUGGCAGUGCCUAAGCGAAAGAAACCCAAGAAGACCCUAGAGGAGCAAAAGAACCUUCGACGGUUAAAACAUUUGGCAAAACCGUUCAGUUAUGUCUGCGACAAAUGCGGCCAUUCGUUCCGCAUGCCGGACCAGCUUCAGAUGCACCUACUCCGCCACAACCAAACCAAGAACUUUGUUUGCCCGGAGUGCCCAAAGAAAUUCUACAAUUCCUAUCUGCGAAAUAUGCAUCUACGAGUGCGGCAGGGGGAGAAGCCAUGGUCUUGUAAUCACUGCAGCGAGUCUUUCACCAAUGCAACUUGUCGGCAAAAGCACGAGAGGGAAGUUCAUGGGGUAGGACCACGCAUCAGCAUGAAUCGCUCGGAACAAAGGCAGCUGAAAGCCCUGAAGGAGGAGACAAACGACGGUCGGCACCAAUGCAAACUGUGUGCAAAGACUUACUCUUCGAAGCGCACACUGGCUUGGCAUAUGAACUCCCAUACCGGCGAGAGGCCCCUUAAGUGUAAGGUCUGUGCUAAAGGCUUUGCGGGACCAGCUGCCCUUAGGCGCCAUGAAAUGACCCACGAUAAGUUGCCGUUUCAUUGUGAGAUCUGUCUCAAGGGUUUCCUUCUGCGCUGCCAGCUCAAGGAACAUCAGGUUGUACACACAGGAGAUCGACCAUUUUGGUGUGAGAUCUGCGACAUAUACUAUAGAUUUAGACGCAGUUUAGACAAACACAACAAGAGCGACGCGCACAAAAACAAAGUGUUGACCACUCAAAUAGAGGAAAUCGAAGAAUUUCCGAGUGCAUUUACAGAUAUAUUCGACUUUAACACCGAUUUUUCAAAAAAUAACGUGUUCCUAACUCAGGAAGAGGAAAUCGAUGGACUUCAGCUUACGCUCGGUGAAUUUUUAAGUUGCUAAAUCACUUACAUGUUUAUAUACAAAUGUAUUACACGAGCAGAUCCUGAAUUUUUUAAUCUCAAUAGCACGAGCUAGCUAAAAACUCAUGAAGAGUAAAACUGAAAGUCAUAGGAAUAAUUAAUUCAUAAAAUAUGGAAUCUCAAAUGGUAUAACACUUAAAUGUAAAAGACUUAACGCACAAUAGGGAUGUGCCAAAUACUCAAGAAGAGCUGAACGAAUUGUCAUAUAUGCAAUCUCAUUUAAAUAUUAAUGUACUUAAGUAAAAAUUUACGUACUUAAAACUGUUGUAGACAUAUUUGUCCACAAUAAAGAAUAUCGAACUGAA